AUGCGCUCCAACCCUUUCCUUCUCUUUGACCCCUUGAUCCUAAAGAAAGCUUGGCCGUUGGUGUUGAGCGCUGUCGUCAUUUACGGUAGCACGAUUGCACCGAGUUUUCCUCCCGGUGCCCUGACUGUGGCUCAGUCUGCGCAGGUGCAUGUUGUGCAGGAUACAGUUGUUCCGACGUUCAAUGCCUCGGAUAUCCGAUCGUGUUUACAGGUCGGCAAUAUGACAUACGGGUACUUGGCGCAGAAGUCGCUUGCGAAUAUGAACAGUUUUGAUGAUGAGCUUAUCUCGAAUCUUAUCAUUGGCAACCAAUAUGCGCCGCCAUCUGUUCAGUACUUGAUCCGGAGGACCCUCUCGACAAGGAGUCUAUGGAAUCUGCCUUCACCAUGUGGAUCUAAUUGCUCUUACACCUUGCACUUUGCCGGGCCAUAUCUGCAAUGCACAAGCUAUGAGAAGAAUGUCACUCAUGGUUGGAACACCGAGGAGACGGCUAAUUCGGUUCCUGCGGUCUCAUUUCCCGCAUAUGCCAGCGUCUUUGACCUCAACUCCACAUCCCUACUGGCUAAUGAGUCUUUCCUGGAUACAGAAACAUCCAGUCGUCUUCAUAUUAGUACUGUGGUGCCGAACAGGGUUAUGGGUGUGAAGAGCCUCCGGACAUAUGUUGAGAACGCAUCCUCGAUCGUCGCCGGCCUUCCCUUCGACGGGGGUGUGAACAUGACAGUCCGGCGUUAUCAAUUAAACACCACCGAACAUCACUUGGAAUGCGUGCCAUCACGAGCUGACUAUACCGUCUACACCAUGUUCAGAAACAAUGGAGCGAACUACAAUGUAUCCAUCGACGCAGCAUCUGUGAGGCCAUUGACUGCUGCUCUGACUAGCCUGCAGCUCAAUGGCUCCUUGACAGACACCACCGUCAUGGAUCCGUCCCUACUGCCAUUCUUUCGUGACCUAAACAUGUACACCAUUAUUCAACAGCUGGCGAACAUGAUAUCCUGCUCGCUUAAUGAAACAGCUACCGGGCAAGGGGAUCCUACAGCCCCCGACGAUGCGGGGUUCGUCCACUAUGAGACAACCAAUUCCCUGGUGGAUAGCAAAAACAAUCAGAGCACCCUCGAUGUCCUCCUGCAAUACUUCACGCGGGUGGACCUAUCAUCCGAUUUCAGCACACUCACCAGCGUGGACAGAGAGCUAUUCACUGUCAACCAAACCGUCUUAAACGAAAUGCUGGUCGACAUCACCCUCUCCCUGAUUCCGUUCAAAGACGGCUGGACAACCACCGUGAACCAGACUCGAACGCAGUGGGUCAACGUGUACGCUUUCUCAAAGCCGCUCAAUUUCAUCCUUCCAUACGCUCUCACUCUUUCUACUGGUCUAUGCGUCCUCGUGCUGGGAUACUACUCGUUAUACACAAACGGCGUGUCAGCCGCGGACGGCGGGUUCCUCCAGCUUCUGACUACUACCAGGGGCAGUGCGACAGUAGAGCGGGCUAUUCGCGGUGCUUGCUUAGGUGGCGAGGAGAAUGUGCCGGCUAAAUUGAAGAAUCUGAGAAUGCAGUAUGGAGAGCUGAUUCCGGAUGCCGAGGAUGAGAAAGAGGACAUGCUCAGAACAGCUGGCUUUGGGAGCCCGGGGGAAGUGCGCGCUCUAAAUAAAAGUCAUUCGUAUGGUGGCUAG